CUUUCUUUUCAUUAUGAUGCGUAUUUUCUAUUUUAACAAGGACAAUCCACAUGAUCCCUUGACUUUAUUAAGCCCUCGUCCACUUCAUUUUCCUCCUGAGAUUAUUCAGCGUAUUGUAGACUAUGUACCUCGCACAAAUCUACCUGCCAUUGCGAGUGUCAAUAGAGUAUGGCAUGCGACUGUCAUGCCUGUCUUGUAUCGACACUUGUAUAUCCGAACAUGGCCUCAUUGGCUACUGUUGGUCAGAACAUUCAGCCAACCAUCUUUCUCAAGCCAUUAUGGUCCUUGUGUCAACUCAUUGGUCCUUCAACCUUCGCCUCGUUUAGUCUCGUCUCAACUGACAAGUGCAUUAAAUCAACGGGUGAUUGAAAAUGAUGAUGCACUUCAACCUUCACUCAGGGGAUAUGUACGUCUAGAACGCGUGGAUUAUCAAAAGACAGGGCUAGAGACGAUCGAGACACCUAUGCUGGAUAACGAAGAACACGAGAAUUAUUCAGAAAUCGACACCACACACAAAGAAUCUGAAUGGCUGGCUAGCGUGACAGACGACCAAGUAUGCUGUGUGCUAAGACAUGCCUCUCAGCUAGAGUAUCUUCAGUUAUCCGGCUGUGAAAAUGUAGGGGACUCGAUCAUGUCCACCUUGGCUGUGACUAAAUCCAUGCCUCAGAGUAAAUCCAUGGUGGGUCUCUGGUUAAGUCUGUUGAGAAACAUGACACCCUGGGGUCUUUUACAACUCAUACAGGCAGAGAAACAAUAUGGACUACCAAAGCGAUUAAAGCAUCUCGAUCUAGGCUUUCAAGUCUUGAUGACUGAUGAAGCCAUCCAUCAGAUCGCAAGUUAUUGGGGAUCAUCACUCACGCAUAUCCGACUGAACUCUAUCUACCAACUCACGGAUCAUGCUAUCCUGUCUUUGGCAGAACAUUGUCCUCAUCUGCAACUACUGCACCUUGUACGUUGUUGGCCUGUCACUAAUGCUGCUCUGCACACACUAGCUCAGCAUGGCAAACAACUUAAAUAUGUCUCUGUGUCUUUUUUGAGUCGAUCAAAUGAGGAAGGCAUCAAGCAUUUGAUACAUCAGUGUCCUGAGCUUGUUUGGUUGGAUAUCACAGGCUGUGGUAUCAAUUCCAUUUUCAAGUCCAUCAUUAUUGAAGGAUGGAGAGACUAUCGUAGACAACAUCAUCUUCCCCCUGUUUAUAUUAAAGAUGGAGCAAUAAACUUACUUUAGACUGAUUGUACAACCCUAUAAAUAAUUUU